AUGCCCCGGAUUAAAGCGGUAGUGAGACGAUAUGGCGCAUAUUGUGAUGUUUCUGAUUCUACCGACGACUCUGAAAAGGUCGAGAAUCCAGGGCUGAGUAAGAAGCAUAUGAAACAUAAACGCCGGAAUAAACAUGUAAUUUUAAGGCAAGGAGUUCGAGUAAUGCGAGAGAUACGUAAGUAUCAGAAAUCAACAAAUCUUCUGAUUCAAAAGUCACCUUUUGCUCGCCUUGUGAAAAGUACAGCUAAGGAACUAACUGGUUGUUAUAUCAGUGUCCGUUUUUGUGUGGAAGCUAUUGCAGCAUUGCAAGAAGCAGCAGAAGCUUUUCUGGUCCAACAUUUUGAAAAUGCGAAUUCAUGUACUUUACAUCGAAAUCGAGUAACCUUAACGAUAAGAGACGUGCACCUAGUUCGCAAACUAUUCAAUUAUUAA